AUGGUGUGUUCCUUGACCAACAACAACAACAAUAAUAAUAACAACAACAAGAAGGCCUGCAACGAGACCACCGGUGAACACUGCUCGGACCUGCAUACGCGAUCCAGAAGUCCAGACCCGCAGCCACAGAACAUGUCGUCGCUGAGCGACGCUCACAGACGGAACAGCCAUUUGGAGGGCGACAGGAGCUCGUCGGCUGGCUCCUCGUUGGGCUCGUGUUCGCCACCGCCGGCUACGAGCCACUCGCCACCGCCGCCGAGGCCUCCGUGGCUUCACGAUUUUCACGCGGCCGCUGCUCCCCACGUUCUCCAGUUUUUGAAUUUGAGCGCCGCCGGUGGUAGCAUGCUCGCCAGUCAACCACUCGCGGCUCUUCACUCGAUGGCCGAGAGGAGUCAUCAUCAGCAACACCACCACCACCAGCACCAACAGCAUCACCACCAACAGCAACAGCAACAGCAACAGCAACAGCAACAGCAACAGCAACAACAACAACAGCCCCAUCAUCAGCAGCAACAACAACCGGGGAUUCAGUUGCCCAGGAUCAGCGUACCUUUGUCCACGAUCACGCAGGGACAGUCCUCGCCUACCGGAAGCGGAAAGCACAGUCCGGCCACGUCGAUCACCUCCGUCGGGAGCAAUCCGCACGGGAUCGACUCGAUACUCUCGAGACCGGCGGCCACGCAUCCUCAGGCACCGGUCUCGGCGACUCACGCAGCCCUUCAACCGUCGCCGCAUUCCCAGCACAUGACGACGCCUAGAUACGCGAUGCACGCGGGAUUUACCGCAUCCUCUGGUAUCGGACAAUUUCAACAAAGAACGGAGCCACGGCAUCCCGCUGUCUAUUGGCCAGGUCUUCAGGGAUUAGUCAGUGAUCCCCUGGCAUGGCGGGCAAGACUACACACACUGUCGCAACAGCUGGGUUGUCAGCAAACGAUGACAGGCUCGACCGGGACCGGGGAACACGAGGGUGGCAAGAAGAAACACACGAGGCCGACGUUCAGUGGCCAGCAAAUCUUCGCCCUCGAGAAAACGUUCGAGCAAACGAAAUACCUUGCGGGACCGGAGCGAGCUAAAUUGGCGUACGCCCUCGGAAUGUCGGAGUCGCAAGUUAAGGUGUGGUUCCAAAACAGGAGAACAAAAUGGCGGAAAAAGCACGCGGCCGAGAUGGCGACGGCGAAGAGGAGACAAGAGGAGGUGGAGGGCGUCGUCGGGGAAGGUGAGGACGGGUGCAGCGACACGGAGGGUGAUGGGAACAGUGAGACUGCCGCGAAGAGGCUCAGAAGGGAGCUCGAGCAACAGUACAGGCAUUAA